AUGCCUCUCCUCACCUCCCCUCCCCUCCUGCCUCUCCUCCCCUCUCCUCCUGCCCCUCCUCCCCUCCCCUCCUGCCUCCCCUCCAUCUUCUCCCUCUCCUGCCUCCCUCUCCUGCCUCCCCUCCGUCUUCUCCCUCUCCUGCCUCCCCUCCAACUUCUCCCUCUCCUGCCUCCCUUCCCCUCCUGCCUCCCUUCCCCUCCUGCCUCCCCUCCCCUCCUCUCCUGCCUCCCCUCCCUCUCCUGCCUCCCUUCCCCUCCUGCCUCCCCUCCCCUCCUCUCCUGCCUCCCCUCCCUCUCCUGCCUCCCCUCCCUCUCCUGCCUCCCCUCCUCUCCUGCCUCCCCUCCCUCUCCUGCCUCCCCUCCCUCUCCUGCCUCCCCUCCCUCUCCUGCCUCCCUUCCCCUCCUGCCUCCCCUCCCCUCCUCUCCUGCCUCCCCUCCCUCUCCUGCCUCCCCUCCCUCUCCUGCCUCCCCUCCCUCUCCUGCCUCCCUUCCCCUCCUGCCUCCCUUCCCCUCCUGCCUCCCCUCCCCUCCUCUCCUGCCUCCCCUCCCUCUCCUGCCUCCCCUCCUCUCCUGCCUCCCCUCCCUCUCCUGCCUCCCCUCCCUCUCCUGCCUCCCCUCCUCUCCUGCCUCCCCUCCCUCUCCUCUCCUGCCUCCCCUCCUCUCCUGCCUCCCCUCCCUCUCCUGCCUCCUCUCCUGCCUCCCCUCCCUCUCCUGCCUCCCCUCCCUCUCCUGCCUCCUCUCCUGCCUCCCCUCCCUCUCCUGCCUCCCCUCCCUCUCCUGCCUCCUCUCCUGCCUCCCCUCCCUCUCCUGCCUCCCCUCCCUCUCCUGCCUCCCCUCCCUCUCCUGCCUCCCCUCCUCUCCUGCCUCCCCUCCCUCUCCUGCCUCCCCUCCCUCUCCUGCCUCCCCUCCCUCUCCUGCCUCCCCUCCCUCUCCCGCCUCCCCUCCCCUCCUGCCUCCCCAUCUCCUCAACAGUGAAAGUAGCUAA